UUUGGUAUUCCCAACGAAAAACAAUUUCAUGAAACGUGAAAUUGACCAUGUUUUUAAAAGCAAUUAUUGACCAUAAAAAUGGCAGAAGUUAGCGAAAAAGUUUCUUCACAGAGAAGUAGAAGCCUACAAAACUGGAACUGGGUUUCUACAUAAAUUAUUAGUUAUAAGUACCUUCAACCAAAAGGAGUUUCUUUCAGGAUCGUCGUAGUAGUAAUAAUAAUAACAAGGACGAUGAUGGCCAAUGCGACCGCAACGAGUGGUGCAUGUCCGGUGGCGAUGAAAGCCACCUCGGAUGGCGUUUUUCAAGGCGAUAAUCCUUUGAACUUUGCCCUCCCUCUUGCCAUCCUUCAAAUCUGUCUCGUCGUCCUUCUCACUCGCAUUCUUUCUUUUCUUCUUCGUCCUGUCCGACAACCUCGUGUUAUUGCUGAGAUCGUUGGCGGAAUAUUGCUGGGUCCAUCGGCACUUGGUCGGAACUUGAGUUACUUACACACAAUCUUCCCGCCGAGGAGUCUCACCGUAUUGGACACAUUGGCCAAUUUAGGUCUUCUCUUCUUCCUUUUUCUCGUCGGCUUGGAGUUAGAUCUUAAAUCCCUCCGCCGCACCGGAAAACGAGCGAUGUGCAUUGCCUUUGCUGGGAUCACCGUCCCCUUCGUCCUCGGAAUCGGCACCUCCAUCGUCCUCCGAUCAACCAUCUCCAAAGGUGUUAAUGAAGCUGCACUGCUCGUCUUUAUGGGUGUCGCUCUUUCCAUCACUGCCUUUCCUGUUCUAGCUCGAAUUUUGGCCGAGCUCAAGCUUUUGACGACGGAUGUUGGCCGGAUGGCUAUGUCCGCUGCUGCCGUCAACGACGUCGUAGCCUGGAUCCUUCUGGCGUUGGCAAUUGCACUCUCUGGCAGCGGCCACUCCCCUCUGGUUUCUCUCUGGGUUUUCCUUUCUGGCGCUGGUUUUAUCAUAUUUUGUACCUUCUCUAUUCCGCCGGUGUUCCGAUGGAUGACGCAACGGUGCUCCGAGGGUGAGCCGGUGAAGGAAUUGUACAUUUGUGCUACUCUGUCCAUCGUUUUGGCUGCUGGGUUUAUGACUGAUUUGAUCGGAAUCCAUGCUCUGUUUGGAGCUUUCGUCGUCGGAGUUUUGAUUCCGAAAGAAGGCCCAUUCGCCGGAGCUCUGGUUGAGAAAGUUGAAGAUCUUGUUUCCGGUCUUUUCCUUCCUCUAUACUUCGUUUCCAGCGGAUUAAAAACAAAUGUUGCAACAAUUAAAGGAGGUAAAUCAUGGGGUCUUCUUGUUUUAGUCAUUUUCAAUGCUUGUUUCGGUAAAAUCGUCGGAACUGUCUCUGUUUCACUGCUCUGCAAAAUGCCAUUAAAAGAAUCAGUUGCUUUGGGGUUCUUAAUGAACACGAAAGGCUUGGUGGAAUUAAUCGUUCUGAACAUCGGCAAAGACAGGAAGGUUUUGAAUGAUCAAACAUUUGCAAUUAUGGUUCUAAUGGCAAUCUUCACAACAUUCAUCACAACCCCAGCUGUUAUGGCUUUUUAUAAGCCAGCGAAAAAACAGACCAAAUCUAAUUACAAGCACAGAAAACUAGAGAGGGAAAAUCCCAAUUCUGAACUCCGAAUUCUGGCCUGUUUCCACUCCUACGGAAAUAUUCCGGCGACGAUUAACCUUAUUGAAGCUUCUCGAGGGAUUGAAAAGAAAGAAGGGCUCUGUGUUUAUGCUCUGCAUUUAAUGGAGCUAACAGAGAGAUCCUCUGCCAUUCUUAUGGUUCACAAAGCAAGGAAAAAUGGCGUCCCCUUUUGGAACAAAGGCCGUGUCGAUUCUAACCAGAUUGUCGUCGCCUUCGAGGCAUUCCGACAACUCAGCCGGGUUUCAAUCCGGCCGAUGACUGCCAUUUCUGCUCUGUCUAAUAUGCACGAAGAUAUUUGCAGCAGUGCCGAGAUGAAAAGGGCCGCCAUUAUAAUUCUCCCGUUUCACAAACACCAAAGAUUGGACGGAUCUCUUGAAACGACGAGGACUGAUUACCGAGCGGUAAAUCGGAAAGUUAUGGAACAAGCCCCCUGUUCCGUCGCAAUUUUGAUCGACAGAGGACUCGGCGGUGGGUCCCACGUCAACGCAAGUAACGUCUCUUCCACUAUCACCGUCUUCUUCUUCGGCGGGCCUGACGACCGUGAAGCUCUGGCGUUUGGGAAAAGAAUGGCGGAACAUCCCGGAAUCAGCCUGCACAUCGUCCGAUUCACACCCAGCGAUGACUUCGCCGUGGAAUCCGUCGCCAUCGACGUAAACAAGAAGAAUAUAGCGGAUUCCGAUGGUGAUGAAAAGGCGCUAGCGUCGAUUGCGUAUGAAGAGAGGAACGUGAGUAAAGGGACCCACGCCAUUGAAGCGAUGAAGGAAUUUAAUAAAUCGAAUUUGAUUUUGGUCGGAAGAAUGCCGGAGGGGGAAGUGGUGAGGAGUUUGAAUACGAACAGUGGGGAGGGUUCGGAGCUUGGGCCCGUCGGCGGGGCGUUGGCAUUGCCGGAGUUUUCGACGACAGCGUCAGUGCUGGUGGUGCAGCAAUUUCGUGGUGAACUGUCACAGUUGCCGGUGGAGUCGACUAGAGGGGAAUCGACUGAAGACGAACGUUAAAAAAUCAAUUUCUUUUUUCAAAAAAAAAAAAAAAAAUUUAUUUAAUAUUUAUUUGAGUCCAAGAUUUUGUCGGAAUUAUUAUGCAUUAUUAAAUCAUUUCAUUUUAUAGAUUUGAGAUUAGGAUUGUUAUUUGAUUAGAUUUGAGUCCAGUAUUUGAACUUGGAAAAAUAAAGAUAAAGUUUGUUUUUUUUUCUUCUUCUUCUGUUUUUUUUUUUUUUUAAUUAGACUUGAAAUGAAUUUACAAUAUUGAUAAUAUACUUGAAAUGAAUUUUUAAUAA